GCUUCCCUAGUCUGCGCCUCUUUUCCAGAUUUUCUCUUACACAAACCCUCACUCUCUCUUCUCCCUCACACACACACUCAAAAAUCUACAUUUUUUCGUUAUACAUACAUAUACAUCUUAAAUAUAUAUAGAUAGAGAGAGAAAAAGUAUAGGGGGAGAGAGAAAAAAGUAUGGAUUCAGAUCAAGGAAAACUAUUUAUUGGUGGGGUAUCAUGGGAAACAUCAGAGGAGAAGAUGAAGGAGUAUUUUCAAGGGUAUGGUGAUGUUGUACAGACUGUAGUAAUGAGGGAUAAGAUUACAGGGAAGCCUAGAGGAUUUGGGUUUGUUGUAUUUGCAGAUCCUAGUGUUAUUGAUAGGGUUCUUCAGGAUACCCAUGUAAUUGAUGGACGUACGGUUGAGGCUAAGAGGGCCUUGUCCAGAGAGGAACAACAGGGUCCAAAAUCUGGAAAUAUGGGUGGUGGUAGAAGUUUUGGAGGCAGUGGAAAUACCAGGACUAAGAAAAUAUUUGUUGGGGGAUUGCCUCCCACUCUGACUGAGGAUGACUUUAGAAUUUACUUUGAAACUUAUGGUAAUGUCACUGAUGUAGCAAUUAUGUAUGAUCAACAGACCAACCGACCUCGUGGGUUUGGCUUCAUUUCAUUUGAUUCCGAAGAUGCAGUAGAUAGGGUUUUACACAAGGCAUAUCAUGAUCUCAGUGGGAAACAAGUAGAAGUAAAACGUGCUCUUCCUAAAGAUAGUAAUUCUGGUUUUGGUGGUCGUUCCACGGGCAAUGGUGGUAGUGGUAUGGGUGGUGGAAGUUACCAGGGGUAUGGUGACAAUCCCAGUUCUUAUGACAGAAUGGAUACCAACAGAUACAUGCAAUCACAAAACACUGGAGGUGGUUAUCCAUCUUAUGGUUCCUCUGGAUAUGGUACCGCAGGUUAUGGUUAUGGAUCGUCCAACAAUGGCAUGGGUUAUGGUGCUUAUGGAAGUUACGGUGGAGCCAAUCCUGGCUAUGGGGGUGUCAAUCCUGGAUAUGGUGGUGCUGCAGGUGCUGCCUUUGGAAAUCCAAAUGUGCCUGGUACCGGUUAUGGUAGUGGUCAAGCUGGUGGACCAAGAAGCUCGUGGGGCUCUCAGGUUUCUUCUGGAUAUGGUAAUAUGGGCUAUGGUAAUGUAUCCUGGGGUGCUUCAAGUGCUGGUGGUGGAGGUGGGCCUGCUAACGGUGGAUCUGCUGCUGGCCAGUCUCCAACUGGAGCCACAGGAUAUGGAAAUCAAGGUUAUGGCUAUGGUGGAUAUGGCGGAAAUGAUGGGUCUUAUGGAGGUGGUGCAUCGGGAGAUAUGCAAUCAGGUGGAGGUUACAUGGGCAGUGGCUAUGGCGAUGCUAGUGGAAAUUCACAAGGUUCUGGUAAUUAUGGUGCUCAGCAAAAUGGACCUUAUGGUGGUGGUGCCCCAAGUCGGCAGGCUCAACAACACUGAUCAUAGUGGUCAAUUUCAUCCGAGAAGUCACCUAGUAACGUAGCAGAGGAUUUCACGCAACUGAUUUCGUUCCACAGACAGUUUCCUCUUGCUGUUCUUGCAAGCGUAAAGCGCUUAAUGGGAUUGCUUUAAUUUUUGUAGUUUGCAGUUCUUAUUUCUAGUUUACAACAAGUAAUUGUCAGUCUUAUUUCCCUGUUUUGUCAUAUUUUAUGUUUUACUGUAGUUUUAAUUUGGCUUGCUUAUGGUUGAGGUUCGUUUAAUAGUUAGUUUUACCCUUGGUGAUACUAUCUCAUCGCCAUUACUAAACUUCCUUAGUUGGAUGGAAAACUCCAAAUAGGAUAAUGAAAGUGGAAAAUACAACUCCGAGUGUUA